AUGUCUGUUCGCAUCGUGAUCGCCGGAGAGUCACAAUGUGACAUGUUUGCUGAAUGUUGUCUGAUUGCUGACCAUCUGUCUCAGACACUGCCCCAAUUUUGUUACGAACGCAUCGAGCAGCCGGUAUUAGAAUGGCGGACUUGGUUGAUGAAAAUAAACAUAAAGAAUGGAUGGCAUCAUCAAGAAUCUCCUAUCGUGUGGAAGGAGUGUUUAAUGAAAGGCAGCAAGGCUUAUUACAUUGGAUCAGCACCGGACUUCUUGGAAUAUUGUCAUUCUUAUUAUUUGUUAGACAUGUUCAUCUCGGCAGAUAAAUUUAAAGGCUUAGUUGAUAAUUUCAAACAAUUUGAACGUAAGCUUCAAAUGGACCGAAUAGACGUAGCAGAAAAAUCAUCAGAAUGUCCAAUAGCAGAGGAAGUAACGUCUCCUAAGCAAACAUUUGUCAUCUGCAUAUCAGGUGCCUCUUGUCCUUUAACGAUGUAUUUGAUAAACGGACUCCUGGAGUACUCUCGAGGAAAUAAAACUAUAUCAAAAAUUUACAUGUAUGAUGAAGACUGUUCUGAGGAAUUCGUGCAAUACAUUGAAGAGGAAUGCAGUUACGUCGGGACAAAACAUCCUGGAAAAGUUCUUAAGUUUGUUGAUAAAAUUGGAUUGGGAUUAACCCACGCCGAUUUAAUGAUAAUUAUGGAUCAUGUUCCUUUCGAAGAAGAUAAACCAAUAGGGACAUGGUUGGAUGAGAAUAGGCGCCUGAUGUACAAUCUCGCAAUCAUGAUUAAUGCUUCUGCAAAUCGUUCCAUUUACAUUGUUUUCCCAAACCUGGGUCCAGCCUGUUUUAACGCAUCUGUGUUAAUGCAUCAUCUAACUUCGACUAUUAACAAAAAGAAUGUUGUGGUAGCGACUAACGAUAUAGGCUUGGGUAUGAGUUCGACAAUAGCUGAAAUAGCUGACAUACCAUUGAGAAACAUGUAUACUUCGCCAGUUUGGGGAUUUGUGGGUAUAAACCAUUUGGCUGAUGUCAGAACAACAGUUCACAAGUAUAAUUCUUUUGAGCCUUAUUCAAGGUACAAUAAAGUUCGAAAUUCAUCAUUAAAUAUCGGAGUUGUCACACCAGAUAUACGCACACUGGAAUACUUAAUGUAUUUCGAUGAAACUUUAUGGGUUAAAAUCACAGAGAAAAACCAAGUCCUGGAUAAGGAAGAGAUCCCAUUAAACAAAGCAACUGCUGUGAAUAUGUUAAUAAAGCUAUGGCUGCUUGAGGCAGAACCAGAUUAUAUUGUAAAUUUAGGAAUUCACUGUGACGGUAGUUUUGGUCUGACUUUUAAUGGAAUUUUUUCUCAACCAGCACGAUGGACAGGUAAAGAAUGGGUCCCGGCGUCUAAUUACAUGUUACCAAAAGAUCCCUAUGUCAAAUUACCUUAUUUGCAAAACAUGGCCGAGAUAAUGAUGAAGUUAAAAAAAGGAGAACUACCACCUAUAGUUCCUUUUUAUCCAUGUUCAUGCAAACCAAAAUUGAUUCAUAAGAAAAAGAUUUGUUAAGGCG